CCUUAGAUCGCUUGAUUCCUGCCUUGCCUCUCUCCGCUGUCUGUUUACCCCAGUAUACAGUACCUCAAAAACUUAUCGCGUCUGUUCUCUUUUUACCAUGUCCGGCGCAGAAGAAAACCAGAACGCCCAGUCUGUCGACUGUCGGCCACAAGUUAAUAUCCUCUACUCAGCCCCUGGUUUCGCGGUACCCUAUCCAGACAGCAUCAACACAAAAAUUAACUCCAGCAAUACCAUAUUCGAUUGGGGCGGCGUGAAGAUAGCGAAGAUAUCUCCCGAAGUUGUUGUCAAAUUCGGCUCCCAUGUCACACUGAGCGAGGCGAAGAGCAUGAUGUUUGUCGAACAAAAUACGGAAACUGUACCGGUACCGAAGAUUUUUGCUUUCUACUCUUACGGCCCAAUAGACAGAGAUAUUGAAGACUAUGGAAGUCUUUUCGAUACCUACAUAUUCAUGAGCUUCGUUGAAGGUCAGAGCCUGGACAAGACCUGGGAAGCUUAUGACGGUGUCACAAAAAGUCGAGUCGCCAACCAACUGAAAGGGUAUUUUCGCGAGCUCCGCCAGAUUGAUCACAGCCAUUACAUAGGCUCCGUUGACUCUGGCCCUGUUACUGAUCCAAUUCUGGAGGGUUAUGGAAUAAAGGGACCCUUCGAUUCGGAAGGUGACUUUAACAAUGCAAUUAUCGAUGCAUAUCAAUCAAGGGCACCGAAACGUCGCAUUAAGAAUGUCUUAGCCGGUAUGCUUUCUCAAAGAAGACAUCGUAUUGUGUUUACCCAUGGAGACCUUCGCCUUCAGAAUAUCAUGGUCAACAAUGGGAACGUCACAGGAAUCCUAGACUGGGAGUUCAGCGGCUGGUAUCCCGAAUACUGGGAAUUUUCAAAAGCUCUCUAUGUGUGGAAAUGGCAGAAUGACUGGACUGAAUAUUUAGCGCAAAUUCUCGAACCGUAUUAUUCCGAAUAUGCGGUGCAUUCAUUCUUGACCGAAACACUUUGGUGAUAAUAACUAUGUCACAUGCACCGUUCUCUCAUUCGCCCAUCACCAUCAUUCUCCUCAAACAUUCCCCUUUAGCCAGUUGAGAAUAAGUUCUGGAAACAUGCUUGUACCACUACAGAUAUGUGCAAAGUUGAUCAGGCCAGUGUUUUUGCUUCCGUCAAAACGUCGUCAACCCAGUUGGAGCAAUUCCGCACGGGCGGAUCAGGACUCGAUUCCGUCAAUACUCUGGGGUCGUAUGGAGGAGGACACUUUUGUGUGAUCUCUUCGAAACGUGCAAGUUGUGUCUUUGGCAGUUGAAACUGCAAGGUGGAGCUUUUGUAGGAUUUACUCUCGCCGAAACGGUAUCCUGGUCUCAUGUCGUAAUCCAUUCCCACCCCAACAUCCCCUUGGACAUGGUAGAAUCUGCCAGCACCCUGAUUUGCGUUUUGGGCAGGGACUAGAGCGAUGCCCUCGUGGUCUGGUCCGCGGCUCUGACUGAAAACAACUCGGUAAACAUUAUAGAUAGUAGUCUCGCUAGUCAUGGUGGAUGCGAUGAUGAAAGGCAGUGUAUCUUUGACAGAAAUGUGAAGACAAUAUUACUUGGAUCUUGGAGAGCUGGAGAGGUAGUAAACCAUGAUUCCUGCUAUGCCAACCUUCAUG